GUCACUCAUCCUUUAAGGGGGAGGGGAGGCUGGGUGCGCGUGCGCACUUUUAAUACUCCUCCCUGAACUGCCAACUCUUCGCGCAAAUGAGGAGCGCCCUCCCUGUCCGGAUUUACGCGUGCGCACUAAGGAGCCUGGCCCGGAAGCCCGCACGCCUGCGUAGUGGAGACUACGGUGACGGUAUCCCUGGGCAGGGCGCAGGCAGUCAUGGCGGAGCCCUGGUCCGGGCAGUCCUUGCAAACUCUGCCGGCCACGGUGUUAGGCGCGCUGGGCGCUCUAGGCGGCGAGUUCUUGCGGGAAUGGGAGGCGCAGGACAUGCGGGUAACCCUCUUCAAGUUGCUGCUGCUGUGGUUGGUGCUAAGUCUCCUGGGCAUCCAGCUGGCGUGGGGGUUCUACGGUAACACGGUGACCGGGUUGUAUCACCGCCCAGGUCUGGGCAGUCAGAACGGAUCCACACCUGAUGGCUCCACGCAUUUCCCUUCGUGGGAAAUGGCAGCAAACGAACCUCUCAAAACCCACAGAGAAUAAGGGAAGGCAGAAGUGUCUCCAGGGCCAUCACUGGGUCUGCUGGCUUCUACACUGGGUUCUGCUGGCUUCUACACUGGGUUCUGCUGCUGCCCAGACCCCAAAGACGACUGCAGGGGGCUCAGGGUUGGAGACAAAGAGUAUCCCAGUGUUUGCAGGGCUAGGCCUCCACUGCUCUUGGCUUUGCCUCCUGAACAGCUCUCAGCACUGGGAAAGUGAAGAGUUUGCCUCUACCCUUAUCUGGGUGCCUUAAGGAAAGAAGUUGUGUUCCUCCUUGCUCAAGAGUCAGAGCUCAGGAGAAGCCUCUGGGUUGGGGAGGCCAACAGUCCCUUUUUUGUCUUGAUUCCUUUCUGUCCCUCUCCCCAUCCCCCUAGGAUGUGAUCCCAUAAAGAUCUGUCCCUCUAAGAGGAAGCCUGAAGUUUACCAGCUCUGGGAUUUGUAAGGGAAGUCUGUUUUCUUUUAAGCCCUGAGUUUUCCUGAAUUUCUUUGGUUUUGCUUUGUUGGCAAGGAGCCAGGAAAUCCUGGCCUGGGCCAGGCCUUAUACUCUAUGGUUACUUAGCUGACCAUUCAGGUAUAAGGCAGAGUGUCCCUGCUGGCACCAUCCAGCCACCUCCCUGGCCCAGCCAGACCUCUCCAGGUAUUAGCCAAGCAAAAUUGUCAUCUCCCAACUGUCCUAUUAAUAGUCCUCUCAGUCCUUCUUAGGGGUAAGCUUGUGCCUCAAAGAGGCAGAGCCCACCAGCUAAGCCCUUGGGGUAACCCCCACUGCUUAAGUACCCAGGGGGUCUUUGGUCUGUACCUUGCCUUCUCAUAGGGAAGUACUAAGCAGUUAGUGCAAAAUGGUUCCAUCAUGCCCUGCAGCCUCAUCAUUAAGAGCCUAUAGGCUCAGCUCCCCACCACUAGCACCAUCUGAGCCAACAGGAAAGCCACAGGCCAGACAAGCCUUAACACCUUUACAAUGAGCACGGGGAGCUUCCCAAGGUGUAGGUAACAAAUGCCCCUGCAGAAACACUUCCUGAAAACAUUCUGGCCCUGGACCCGCCUCCUUCCCUGAUGGCCAUACUUCUCCCACCCUCUGCUGGGCCACCAGCUACCUUAAUGUCCUACUGCCUGCUUCCUCUGUUGGAUGUCACAUUUCCAGCUGGCUGCCUUCACCUAGGCCAUCUUUGUGGCAGAGGUGCACUGGAGGUGGGGCAGCACUGAGCUCAUGUACAUGACCCCACUUCAGUGAUGUCUUCAGGCUGGCAGGAUGAUCUUCACAGUCCCAGAUCUACCCACUAACACCACCACACACAGAAUCAGGGGUACAUUUCACCCCAGUUUCAACUGAGGAUGUGGCUUAUUAAAUAUGGAAGUGCA